AUGGCGACCAUCAUCAGGAAAGCCCUCCGUACGAUCGAGUUGCCGGAGAAAGAGCAAGGCGGUCGCUGGAGGAAUGAAGACAUCAGCCCUGUCCCGCCCGAGCGCCAAACAUGGGGCCCGGUGCAGUUCGUCGAACUGUGGUUUCUCAUCAACUUGAACAUCAGCAGCUACCAGACCGGAUCGUCGCUGCUGGCCUCGGGCAUGACAUACUGGCAAGCCAUCAUUGUCAUCCUCGUCGGCAACGCGCUGGCCAGCACCUUUGCCGUGCUCAACUCGGUCUCGGGGGCCCAGAGCCACCUGGGGUUUCCCAUUGUCUGCAGGAGUGUCUGGGGCAUGUGGGGAGCCUAUUUCCCCGUGCUGAACCGCAUCCUGACCUCGGUGGUCUGGUACGGCGUGCAGGCGGUCAUCGGAGGAAAGAUGAUCUAUAUCUGCCUCCGCUCCAUCUGGAUUGACCUGGACCAGAGGAUUCCCAACACCCUGCCCGAGGGCAUCGGCAUCACCACCGCCCAGUUCAUGGGCUAUGUGCUGUUCAACCUGCUGUGCUGCAUCUUCAUCUGGUUCCGCCCCCAGCAACUCCGCCCUUACUUCCACGGGGCGUCGGUGGUCGUGGCCAUCGCCCUGUUCGCCCUGUUGGGCUGGGCCGUCGGCACCAGCCAGGGGUACGGGUCCAUCUUCAACGCAAAGUCCACCAUCUCCUCGUCCGAGCUGGGGUGGCAGAUGAGCGCCGGUGUCAUGUCCGUCAUUGGGAGUAUCGCCUCCGGCAUCCUCAACCAGAACGACUUCACCAGAUUCGCAAAGCGGCCCAGCCAUGUCACCUACACGCAAGCCAUCUCCUUCAUGACCAGCAGCUCUCUCAUCGCCAUCAUCGGCGUCGUGGUCACCGCGGCCACUCAAGAGCAAUAUGGCCAUGGUACGGCGCUCUGGGAUCCCAGCACCCUUUUCGUGGCCAUUCAAGAUCAAAAGGGCUCCCGAGGCCGGGCGGCCGCCUUCUUCCUGGGCAUCGUUUUCAUCUUGUCGCAACUGUCCAUCAAUGUCAUUGGAAACGUGUUGGCCGGCGGGCUCGACGUGGCCAGUGUCUUCCCCAAGUACAUCAACCUCCGGCGAGGAGCCUAUAUACUCGCAGCCUUGAGCGUGGCUCCCAACCCGUGGCAGCAGCUAUCGUCAGGAUCCACCUUCCUCUCCGUCCUGUCUGCGUAUGCCGUGUUUCUGGGCCCCAUGAUCGGCCUGCUCUGCGUGCACUUCUACCUCAUCCAAAAGAGAGUGUUCCACAUCCCGGAUCUGUACGAGGGCUCCAAGAAGUCAGUGUACUGGUAUACCUACGGCAUCAACUGGCGCACCAUCGUGGCCUGGGUGUGUGCCGUGGUUCCCAGCAUGCCCGGCUUCGUCCAUUCCGUCAAUCCUUCGUUGAAGGUUGGAGUCGGCGCCAGCCACAUCUUCAGCCUGAGCUUCGUUCUCGGAUUUCUUAUAGCCGCCGUCAUUUCGUUUGCCUUGCACUGGAUCUUCCCUUACCGAUACCCUGAGGUGUCGGCCAUGGAGGGAGAGAUUGACGGGGAAAGCUUCGCUGGCGAGUCCGAUGGGGUGGUGGUGGAAGAGACCAAGAUGGCGUCCAAAGAGGAGAGAGCCCUCUGA